UUAAGACAAGUUCAGGAGACCCCAGGCACAGUCUAGUCAUUUUCCGGGGAGGGGGGGAAAUCAUAUUGAAAUUGGUUGCGGCUAUAUUUUACCAGCUUAGUCUCUGGCAGCUGCUGCAAAGAGUUAAGGCGUGAAUGUUUGAAGUGAAUUAAAGUCUAUUUUUGAACUGAGCAUUCGAGUCCAGGAGGAAUGGUCUCUGAAGGGAAAGGAAAGCGAUGAACAAUAUGACAGGCAGUUGGUGCAGAACAUGCCUCUCAAACACUGCUAUCUGCCGAUGAUUGGAAUUUUCCUGUAAAAUGACUUGAAAGGGAGAUCGAGACACAUAGAAGAUGAAUGAUUACAGAGAAGAUGGCAUGGAUUUAGGAAGUGAUGCUUGUAGCCGCUCAAGUUCCGAAUCCAGCUCCAACAAAGUGACCCCUUGCUCAGACUGUAAGUCUUCCCCCAGCCUGGAUCUGGCUGCCCUGGAGGAUUAUGAGGAGGAGGACUUUAUGGUGGACAAGGUGAGCGAUGAGUGGGAGGAUGAAGAUGAGGAGGAAGAAGAGGGUGGUGAUGAUGAUGGCUUUCCGAAGGACAAUUGUUUGUCAAGGACUGUCGCAAGCAGGAGUUUAGCAGAAGAGUUUGAGGACAUUAAAGGUGGUCAUCUGUCUGCUAUCAAUGGAAACCCCUCUCAUCGGCACAAAUUAAAUGGAAACUUAGUAACUGGGAAACCUCCAAAUAGAGCAAAGCACAGCCCCCCCAAACCUCAGAAUACCGCUAUCAGGGGGCCUCCAAUGAACUCAUUUGUUGGCUCAGGUGGCCUCAUGAGGGAGGAACCCCAGCUUCCCACAAUGGACUGGGAAACCUUAGAGAAGCACCUUGCGGGACUUCAGUUCCAAGAACAAGAGUCCAGGAACCAGAAACAAGCAAGAUCAUAUUACACGUCUGCUCAGAAGAAUGAAAGAGAAUCCAUCCGGCAAAAGUUGGCACUGGGGAGUUUUUUCGAUGAUGGCCCUGGCCUCUAUACCAGCUGCAGCAAAAGUGGGAAGCCAAGUCUGUCUUCCAGGCUCCAAAGUGGGAUGAAUUUACAGAUCUGUUUUGUAAAUGACAGCGGAAGUGACAAGGACAGCGAUGCUGAUGACAGCAAAACGGAAACGAGCCUGGAUACCCCAUUAUCCCCAAUGAGCAAGCAGAGUUCUUCAUACUCAGACAGAGACACCACUGAGGAGGAAUCCGAGUCCUUUGAAGACAUGGAUUUUAUCUCGCGACAGAAGAAACUGCAGGCUGAAGCCAAGAUGGCGUUGGCUAUGGUGAAACCCAUGGCCAAGAUGCAGGUGGAGGUGGAAAAACAGAAUCGGAAAAAAUCUCCAGUUGCAGAUCUUUUACCGCACAUGCCGCACUUGAUGAAGAGGAGCUUGAAGCCUACUGACCUGAGGGAUAUGACGAUUGGCCAGUUACAGGUUAUAGUGAAUGAUCUUCACUCUCAGAUUGAAAGCUUGAAUGAAGAGCUAGUCCAGCUCCUCCUCAUCCGUGAUGAAUUGCACAUGGAACAAGAUGCAAUGCUUGUAGAUAUCGAAGACUUGACAAGACAUGCUGAAAGUCAGCAGAAGCACAUGGCAGAGAAAAUGCCAACUAAAUAAAGCAAAAAGCCAUUGAACAUUAGGAACAAGCUAAACUUUUAUUUUGCUUUUGUGGUUGUCAAAAUGCUGAUGCUCGAGAUGAUACACAAGAAAAAUCAGUGUUAGUCUUUGAUGAUGUCUGAAGCUUUUUGUCCAGUGAUUUGGCCUCUGCUUCCUAAUUUAUUUUAACUUUUUACUUGUGCCUCUAGACACCUGGCAUUUUGUUAAGAAUCUAUAUAUGUACAGUACUUAUUCCAUUACAGACUAUGGAUAAAGAGACAGAUAAUAGUUACAAAUUGUAUUUAUUUUUUUCAUUUGCAAAUCUUUUCAGUUGGUCAGUAUUUUACCUAUAACUACCUUUUAUUCUCCUGUAGUUCCCAAACACAAAUGUUAUUGACGGUGCUAAACAAGUCAACAACUACACGCCUGCCUCAUCGUAAAAUUGUAGCUUUCUGUAUCUUGUAUAAUUCAAUCAGUGGUCAACAUUUUGUGAAUGUUGAUUACCUGACUUCCAUUUUUAGAUGUGCUAUUGUAUUAUUCAACUGGAUUACAAGGAAAGGUCACAUUGAGAGGUUUUAUGUAUAAAUAUGUAAAAUAAACUUUAAACAUUUG